AUGGUCUUAGCUGAUCAUCAAGAGUCUGAUAAGAUGAAUUCUAGUUCUACCCUUAUCCUUACAAAUUGUAUUCCUAGCUCUACUUCCUGGCCUGGCAAAACAAAUUUGAUGUCUGGUUCUGAAGAUCCUGAUUCGAGUGCUAACUCUAAUCUUAUUCCCACGCACGAAUCCAAUCUUGUAAAUCUCAAUCACACUCUCAACAUAAAUCACGUUCCCACUCUCACUCAAACUCACACCCAUUCACCACCAGCACCUCAGUCAGGUCUGACUGAGAUGCCAAUCAUUGAAUAUCAACAUGAGCCCCUAUUUUGGCUACAACGUCAACUUCCGAUUGAACAUCUCGAUCUGAACAAUCCAAUUCACACUCGUCAACUCAGACGUUAUGCUAGGAUCCCAUCAGAAAUCAAUUUCCUUUCAGAACUUGAGAAAGUUAAACAACGCAAUCAAUCCACCAUUCAACCACUUCAACCUUCGAUCCAACCUAUCAAACCUCAUCUUUCAACUUAUCACUCAGAUUCUGCUCUACUUCCUUCUAAUCAUCUUCAAGACCCUCAAUCAUCAUCAUCUACUAUGCUUGAUACUCAAACUCACAAUCCUGACAUCAAUCAAGCUCAAGCCAGGCCUACUUCCACCUUUUCAAUCUCCGCUUCUUCUAACUCCAAUUCAAAUUCAAUCUCUCCAAUCUUCGACUCGCCUGUUGAGCUUCCAUCUCGGUCACCUACUCCACUCACUACACCCUUCUCUUCAUCAUCAAAACGCCAAUCAUCCCCUCAUUUGAGGAACACAAAGUUAUCAUCAUCAUCAUCGUAUUCACAGCCCGCAUCAAGAACUAGGCGUCUUUUGUCACCUUCAUCACGUGCUCGGUCCAUGAUGCAAAUCAACCAAUCAACCGCAUCAAAUUCGCAUACAUUUGAAUCUUUACUCCACCCAAACACACCUAUUGAUGCCACUUUGAAUGAAGAUGAUGGUGAUUCGAAUUCAAACUCUUGGUCAGCUAAUCGUAAUAGUAUCACUGGUACACCUGACCUCACCGCUUCAGUCUCCAAUACUAUCUCGGAACCAAGUCUACGAUCACCUUUAGACACUAGACCCACUUCGUCUUAUUCUGCCGCUUCACUGCAUUUCAUGAAUCAAUUGGAUUCAAGUUCCAAUCAAAAACAAAUCAACCAAAGAUUGAGGGUGAUUGCUGAAUUGAUCGAUACUGAGGCGAGCUAUGCUCGGGAUAUGGCUAUCACUAGAGACAUCUAUUCAGCCAAUGCUGUCACUAUCACCCCAAAAGUACCUCCUUCAACCAAGAGAACAAAUCUCGACACUAGUACGACAUCAUCAGAUGAUCGAUCCAAAACAUCCUCACCCUUUCCAUCUCCUAAUAAAAAACUCAAAUUGGGCGCCGUUAUAAAUUUUGGAUCUAAGAGACCAUCGACUUCCGCUCUGCGUCGAGCUGAUAGUACUGGCCCCGGUCCCAAACCAACAAAGAAGUUGCUAUCCCAUCUUGCUCCUCCGAAUCCAGAACUCAUCAACCGAUCAUCACCACCAAUGUCUAAUUUAGAUCAAAAGACAAUAUUUUCAAAUAUUGAAGAGAUUGCUUGCCUUGCGGAAGAAUUCACAAUUUUGUUGAGAAAAGCUAAUAAGUGUAAUUCAGAUGGAAUGGAUGAUACGAUUGGAACUUGUUUCUUUCAAAUGUUGCCCAGGAUUCAACAAGUCUUCAUGACCUACUGUUCAAAGUACCAAGCUUCGAAUAAUCGGUUACAAAGCCUCUUACCAAACCUUAUGGAUUAUUUAAAUUACUGUAACGAACUGUCUCGCGGGUGUACAACUGCAUGGGAUCUAUCCUCAUUAUUAAUCAAGCCUGUUCAAAGAUGUAUGAAAUACCCCUUGUUAUUAGAUCAGAUAUCACAACUUACUCCGUUAGAUCAUCCUGAUCGACAUCAGCUUGAGGAAGCUAAGAACGGUAUGAUUGCAGUCGCGGAUUCAAUCAAUGAGGCCAAACGACGUUGCGAGCAUAUUGAAGAGAUCAUGGGGUCUAAAUCCUUCCCUCACAUGAGCAUCAAAAGACCAAGUAGCAAAAAAGGGCGGACGCCAAUCAUGAAUAUUGGAACACCUAUCCAGAAUCGACCAUUGAUGGUCAGAGAAGAACAAAGGAUAGCUAUUACAGAAGACUUGAAUAAAAUGAUUAAGAGAAUAUAUAAGAGUAGACAAUCAGUUAUCGAGUUACCGGAAGUGAUCUUGGACUGGUCCUCGAAGAUGAAUCAGAUGAGCAAACAAAGUUCAAGACUUGUCAAAGCAUUCAAAACGUUCUAUACACUUCAUCAGAGUAGUGGUAAUGCAGAUUUCAAAUAUCUCAAUGCUUAUCAACAACAUGUUGCAUUAGCUUCUGCUGUUGGCCCCUUUAAAGUAAUGGAGGCGAGAUUGAGAGAGACAAUCAUUCCACUAUGUAAAACUUUAUUAAAAACGUAUGAGAACCCACUCAAAAUCAUCUUGAAGCGAAACCCAAGAGAUGUGCUGCUUGAAGAUCAAUUGAUUGCCGAAUUACCCAAGUUUGAAGCAGCAACACAAAAGAUUUGGAAUUCAAUUUUAUGUAAACUCAACAAGAUUCAACAAGACGUCUUCUUUGACAUUCGGGUCUUGAUCAGACAUUUUAAUCAAACUUAUUAUCAAAAAGACAAACUAAAGACAAAUCAAAACCUCAAUGGAUUUUUCGAUCGGUUCUCCAUCAUUGAUGAAUUUUUUGAUCCUGUUAGACAACAAGCUCAUGAAAGUUUUGUCUUACUUGAUCAUCAUCAAUUACAAGCCAUGAUGCAAUCUGAAUCAGAAGGAAAAGUCGAAGAGAAGAUUGGAAUUGCCAUGCCGACUUAUUAA